AUGAAGGGCCCUAGACAAGGAAACCGCAGGGCAGACCGCGACACAUUGGAAGCCAAGCCCAAGCCCAAACUCAAGCCCCAGCCCCAACAACUCAAGCGCCAACCCAAGAAACCCGAGCCCGUCGAAGAAGACCAAAACCUCGACGACGAGGCCGCCAACACCAGCGGCAUCAACCUCUCAUCACCCAUCCCGCUCUCCCUCCAACAACUCCUGCUAGACGUCUUCAAAACAGCCCUGCUCGCCUCGCCCGCAUCAACCGAAGCCAACACUUCAUCCGAACCUCAAUUCGAGUCCCUCGACAUCAAAGCUUUGAUCCAAACCAUCAAGUCGCACCUCUACCAGCGCGACUUCGAUUCAGCCUUCACCGAAGCCGGCGAGGAUCAUUUGCGCGCUUAUGCCUUGCGCUGGAGCGCCUCGCGCGCGCUAGGCUAUGCAGGCUUAUUCAAGGGCGUGCUGAGCUGGAUGCGGCAGCAAGACGGCGUGGAUCCGAAUUCCGGUUCCCGCGUCGUCUGCCUGGGCGGUGGUGCCGGUGCAGAGAUCGUCGCGCUGGCCGCAGCCUGGCGCCAGCUUGACGAUCUCGACAAGGACAAGGCGGCCGUCGCUUCGCUGAGCGAGCAGGCGGAGGGCCUUUCUCUUCAAGAGGGUGCAGCCGGCGCAGCCGGCGCAGACGAUUCCGCCCGCGCGCACAAACGGUCCAUUGCGGCGGUCGACAUUGCGGACUGGUCGAGCGUUGUGAAGAGGCUAGCGGGAACGCUUACAUCUGCCGCUGUGCCGGCGCCGUCGACAUCGAAGCACAAGGCGCCACUCUUGGCUGCGGGCGGCGAGGUGGACGUUGGGUUCCACCGGGUGGAUUUGCUGGGGCUUCCGGAGGAGGAGCUGAAGGAUGUUGUGUUGGGUGGUGCGGAGCAUGCGGUUUCGCCUUCUUCGCUGCUUGUUACGUUGAUGUUUACUUUGAAUGAGCUCUUCUCCACGUCUAUGCCUAAGACGACGGCCUUCAUGCUGCGGCUGACGGAGAUUCUGAAGCCCGGUGCUGUGCUUUUGGUUGUUGAUAGUCCUGGUAGCUAUUCGACGCUGAAGUUGGGUAAGCCUGGUCCGGAUGGUGUGCAGCAGGAGAGGAAUUAUCCUAUGAAGUUCUUGCUGGAUCAUACGCUUAUUUCGGUGGCGAAGGGGCAGUGGGAGCUGGUUUAUACGCAGGAUUCGCGGUGGUGGAGGAGGGAUGCGCCACGGUUGAUGUAUGAUGUUGGUGAUGGGGCUGGGUUGGAGGAUAUGCGAUUCCAGGUGCAUAUUUACCGCCGCAUAUAA